CAUGUACAUCAUAACAUUAAACUAGACAAUCAUUACUCAAGGGUGGAUGUCAACUCAGUGAAAUCGGAUAGCGACAGCGACCGAAAAUUUUUCCACCCGAAGCGCAACAGCAACAUCCACAAUUCAAUCCAUUCAUUCAUUCAAUCCCAACAACACCCACUACUGACACUACUAGAAUCAACCACCAAGAUGUCGGAAAACAAUGACCUCGCCGAAGAAAUUGAAGCCAUAAACGCCAUCUACGACCCCGACACCCUCCUCCCAACCACCACCUCCACUACAGAUCAACAACCCACCGCGACAACCCUCCGCCUCCAACUCCCCGACCACCCCCACCUAUCCUUCCUCCUCGCCUGCGACACCACAUACCCCGACACCGCGCCGCGCAUCCUCGGCACCGCAUCGACCGCCGCCCGCGGCCAAGGCCAACUCGCCGUCGACGCGCUACACGACGUGCUCGCUCGCGUGCACCACCCGGGAGCCGUCUGCCUCUUCGACCUUAUUAGCGAGGCUAGUGAUGCCUUCCGGGAAUUGCGCAUUGGCGAGGACGUCGCCGCGGACAAUACCAAUAACCACGACGAACAACAAGGACAAGAGGAGGAUGAGGAACAAGGGCAAAGGGACGAAGAAGAAGCACUCAACGAAAACCACCCCCCACCCCAAUGGACCCUCUCAGACAUAAUAUCGGAGAAGAAGUCCGUCUUCGUGGCGCGCGCAGCCCGCGUCCACAGCGGGGCGCACGCCCAGUCCUGCAUCGACCACCUACUAGCGACAGAGAAGAAAGUCGCCGCCGCGACGCAUAAUAUCAGCGCGUGGCGUGUGAAGGAGACGCGGGCGGGCGGCAAGGGUGAUGCCGGCGAGGUGAUGGUCGUGCAGGAUUUCGACGACGACGGGGAGGCGGCUGCUGGGGGACGGCUGCUGCAUCUGAUGCAGCUGAUGGAUGUGUGGGAUGUGGUGGUUGUCGUUACGCGGUGGUAUGGUGGGAUUCAUCUGGGGCCGGAUCGGUUUCGCAUUAUUAAUGCUGCUGGGCGUGAUGCGUUGGUUAAGGGGGGGUUCAAUGUGGAGACGGGUGGUGGUGGUGCUGGUCAGGAUAAAGGGAAGAAGAAGGGGAAGAGGUGAUUUGGUACCUCACUGGUGUACGCCUUGGUGUUGAUGUUUAGAUUGGCGCCGGACUCGACUCGACUACCUGACAGCAGCGGAUCCACUAGUAGUGACUGUGCUACCCGAUACCAAAGACACAGCGCAGAUGUUUCAGCAACAGCCCAGGAUGAAGUUUCCACGUGCGACAUCUACAAACUCGAACCACCAAAUCAUCACCAAUAUCCUCACUUCAUCACCACGCGACAGUCCAAACCACAAGGCUAACCGCCCAUUCCAAUCCCAACCAGCGACUCGACUCGCUCGACUCCCUCAAAGACACCCUCGAACCGCGCCCCUCAAAUCCACGGCUAGGUAGAAACAGUCUGAAACCAAACGCGAUCCAUCUUAACGACCUACCUACUACAAA